GCUGUGCUCAAGCCGACCGCAGAGCUGACGUGCGGCCGACAUGGGCAACUUGAAGAGCGUGGGCCAGGAGCCGGGGCCGCCCUGCGGCCUGGGGUUGGGGCUGGGCCUGGGGCUGUGCGGCAAGCAGGGCCCGGCCCCUCCCGCGCCCGCACCUGCCUCAGAGCCCAGCCGGGCGCCGGCGUCCCCGCCCCCGCCCUCACCCGCGCCAGACCCCAGCCCCCCGCUAACCCGGCCGCCCGAGGGGCCCAGGUUCCCUCGAGUGAAGAACUGGGAGGUGGGCAGCAUCGCCUACGACACGCUGUGCGCCCAGGCUCAGCAGGAUGGGCCGUGCACCCCAAGACGCUGCCUGAGCUCCCUCGUGUUUCCAAGGAAACUCCAGAGCUCCUCGCCCCCGGAGCAGCUGCUGGGUCAGGCCAGGGACUUCAUCAACCAGUACUACAGCUCCAUCAAGAGGAGCGGCUCCCAGGCGCACGAGCAGCGACUGCAGGAGGUGGAGGCCGAGGUGGCGUCCACGGGCACCUACCAGCUCCGGGAGAGCGAGCUGGUGUUCGGGGCCAAGCAGGCCUGGCGCAAUGCUCCGCGCUGCGUGGGCCGGAUCCAGUGGGGGAAGCUGCAGGUCUUCGAUGCACGGGAUUGCAGGACCGCACAGGAAAUGUUCACCUACAUCUGCAAUCACAUCAAGUACGCCACCAACCGCGGGAACCUUCGCUCGGCCAUCACGGUGUUCCCCCAGCGCGGCCCGGGGCGAGGGGACUUCCGAAUCUGGAACAGCCAGCUGGUGCGCUACGCGGGGUACAGGCAGCAGGAUGGCUCCGUGAGGGGCGACCCUGCCAACGUGGAAAUCACCGAGCUCUGCAUCCAGCACGGGUGGACCCCAGGAAACGGACGCUUUGACGUGCUACCCCUGCUGCUCCAGGCCCCCGACGAGCCCCCGGAACUCUUCACCCUGCCCCCCGAGCUCGUCCUCGAGGUGCCCCUGGAGCACCCCACGCUGGAGUGGUUUGUGGCCCUGGGCCUGCGCUGGUACGCCCUCCCGGCCGUAUCCAACAUGCUUCUGGAAAUCGGGGGCCUGGAGUUCCCUGCCGCCCCCUUCAGUGGCUGGUACAUGAGCACCGAGAUCGGGAUGAGGAACCUGUGCGACCCUCACCGCUACAACAUCUUGGAGGAUGUGGCCGUCUGCAUGGACCUGGACACGCGGACCGCCUCGUCCCUGUGGAAAGACAAGGCGGCGGUGGAGAUCAACGUGGCCGUGCUGCACAGUUACCAGCUGGCCAAGGUGACCAUCGUGGACCACCACACGGCCACGGCCUCCUUCAUGAAGCACCUGGAGAACGAGCAGAAGGCCAGGGGGGGCUGCCCCGCCGACUGGGCCUGGAUCGUGCCCCCCAUCUCCGGCAGCCUCACGCCCGUCUUCCACCAGGAGAUGGUCAACUAUUUCCUGUCCCCUGCCUUCCGCUACCAGCCAGACCCCUGGAAGGGGAGCGCGGCCAAGGGCGCCGGCAUCACCCGGAAGAAGACCUUCAAGGAAGUAGCCAACGCAGUGAAGAUCUCCGCCUCGCUCAUGGGCACCGUGAUGGCCAAGCGCGUGAAGGCGACCAUCUUGUACGGCUCAGAGACGGGCCGGGCCCAGAGCUACGCGCAGCAGCUGGGAAGGCUCUUCCGGAAGGCGUUCGAUCCCCGGGUCCUGUGCAUGGAUGAGUACGACGUGGUGUCCCUGGAGCACGAGACCCUGGUAUUGGUGGUGACCAGCACCUUUGGGAACGGGGAUCCCCCAGAGAAUGGGGAGAGCUUCGCCUCGGCGCUGAUGGAGAUGUCCGGCCCCUACAACAGCUCCCCCCGGCCCGAGCAGCACAAGAGUUACAAAAUCCGCUUCAACAGCGUCUCCUGCUCAGACCCGCUGGUGUCCUCUUGGCGGCGGAAGAGGAAGGAAUCCAGUAACACCGACAGCGCGGGGGCCCUGGGCACCCUCAGGUUCUGCGUGUUUGGGCUGGGCUCCCGGGCGUACCCCCACUUCUGCGCCUUCGCUCGGGCGGUGGACACGAGGCUGGAAGAGCUGGGCGGGGAGCGGCUACUGCAGCUGGGCCAGGGCGACGAGCUCUGCGGCCAGGAGGAGGCCUUCCGCGGCUGGGCCCAGGCCGCCUUCCAGGCCUCCUGCGAGACCUUCUGCGUGGGAGAAGACGCCAAGGCGGCGGCGCGGGACAUCUUCAGCCCCAAACGCAGCUGGAAACGCCAGCGAUACCGGCUGAGCGCCCAGGCCCAGGGCCUGCAGCUGCUGCCAGGCCUGAUCCACGUGCACAGGCGGAAGAUGUUCCAGGCCACCGUCCUCUCCGUGGAAAACCUACAGAGCAGCAAAUCCACCCGAGCCACCAUCCUGGUGCGCCUGGACACGGGGGGCCAGGAGGGGCUGCAGUACCAGCCCGGGGACCACGUGGGCGUCUGCCCCCCCAACCGGCCCGGCCUGGUGGAGGCGCUGCUGAGCCGCGUGGAGGACCCCCCGCCCCCCGCGGAGCCCGUGGCCGUGGAGCAGCUGGAGAAGGGCAGCCCUGGCGGCCCUCCUCCCGGCUGGGUGCGGGACCCCCGGCUGCCCCCCUGCACGCUGCGCCAGGCCCUCACCUUCUUCCUGGACAUCACGUCCCCACCCAGCCCCCGCCUGCUCCGCCUGCUCAGCACCCUGGCGGAAGAGCCCGGCGAGCAGCAGGAGCUGGAGGCCCUCAGCCAGGACCCCCGGCGCUACGAGGAGUGGAAGUGGUUCCGCUGCCCCACGCUGCUGGAGGUGCUGGAGCAGUUCCCGUCGGUGGCGCUGCCCGCCCCUCUGCUCCUCACCCAGCUGCCCCUGCUCCAGCCCCGGUACUACUCGGUCAGCUCGGCACCCAGCACCCACCCGGGGGAGAUCCACCUGACCGUCGCCGUGCUGGCCUACAGGACCCAGGACGGGCUGGGCCCCCUGCACUACGGGGUCUGCUCCACGUGGCUGAGCCAACUCAAGGCCGGAGACCUCGUGCCCUGCUUCAUCAGGUGGGCUCCCUCCUUCCGGCUGCCACCUGAUCCCAGCUUGCCCUGCAUCUUGGUGGGCCCGGGCACUGGCAUUGCCCCCUUCCGGGGCUUCUGGCAAGAGCGACUACACGACAUUGAGAGCAAAGGGCUGCAGCCCGCUCCCAUGACGCUGGUGUUCGGCUGCCGGUGCUCCCAGCUCGACCAUCUCUACCGCGACGAGGUGCGGGAGGCCCAGCUGCGCGGGGUGUUCGGCCAGGUCCUCAGCUUCUCCAGGGAGCCCGGCAGCCCCAAGACCUACGUGCAGGACGUCCUGAGACCGAGCUGGCGGCCGAGGUGCACCGGCGUGCUGUGCCUCGAGCGGGGCCACAUGUUCGUCUGCGGCGACGUCACCAUGGCCACCGCGUCCUGCAGACGGUUGCAGCGCAUCCUGGCCGCCCAGGGCGACAUGGAGCUGGAGGCGGCGGGGGACGUCAUCGGCGUGCUGCGGGAUCAGCAACGCUACCACGAGGACAUUUUCGGGCUCACGCUGCGCACCCAGGAAGUGACGAGCCGGAUACGCACCCAGAGCUUUUCCUUGCAGGAGAGGCAACUGCGGGGUGCCGUGCCCUGGGCCUUCGACCCCCCCGGCCCCAGACACCCAGGCUCCUGACAGCCCUCGGGCUCUCUCGUCCGGUUCCCAGAGAAGGGCUUCCGUAGUCCCGGCGGCUGACCAGGGCCGGCCCCUCCGCUCAUCUCCAGGGGCCUGUCCUGAGACUAGGUUGACAGGACCCCCCCUCCGGAUCCAGCCCCCCCCCCCAGGGGUCUGCCUGAGCUACGAGGCGCAGCCCACUGCUGCCUGCGUGGUGUGCCGUGGGUGAACCGUUAGAGUCCCCUUACUCUCUCGGGAGUAUCCUCACCUUCAGAGCGCAUCUCCAAAUCACUUAGAUAUUUAUUACUGAAGAUGUGUUUAGACGCCUAGCCCCGCCCCUCGAUGA